AGUUGCCAAAAGUAGAAUAGCGAGAUUAAAGAAGAGGGAGAAAUGGUCGUACACGUAGGAUGACACGUCGUUCGCGCUUUGAAUGGCAUCGGCGCCUCUCUCCCUGUAAAACUUCCUUCUUUAAGUCCUUCACCUUCCCGUCUCUCUCUCUCUCUCUCUCUCUCUCUCUUUGGUGAGAAACAAACACAGAAAGAGAGAAGGGACUUUAGACAGCUCCUUUUGCUUUUCUUCUCUUUAAUAUUCUUCUUUUAGUUUUAUUUUGGAGGGUCGGGGGUUUGACUGUAAAACCUUUCCAAACACGAAAUGUGAACGAAGAAGAAGAAGAAGAAGAAGAAGAAGAAGGAAUUCGUGGAACAGAAGUCGUCAACUUUGCGGGAAAGAAUAGAAUUCUUUCAAAUUUUCCAAUUCUCUCUCUUUCCACACAGAUGGUGAGAGCCUCAUAUUAUUUCAGCAAAAACUUUCAUGGAUAAAUCUGGUAUUUAAUAUAUAAUUUUCUGUCAAAGUGGGUGUUGGAAGCCUAAUCUUUGGUUGAUCACGACCACAUAUUUGGACGAAGAUGACCAGUGGGUUGACUACUAAAGUUCGACUGGUUAGAUGCCCCAAAUGUCGUCAGCUUCUUCCAGAGUUGCCAGGCCAUAAUAUAUUCAAGUGCGGUGGAUGUGACACAAUUCUCCAAGCAAAAAAUCGAAAAGAUGACGUGAAAAGCAGGGAAGUUGGCUUACAUGAAACAGAUGCUGCUCGGACUAAUGCAUUGGAUCUUGUUCCUGAAGAUAAAGAGCCUAGCUACUCUAGUCAUAAAGAUAUUCUUCCUUCCUCGGGAGAAUGUGCUUCGGACCAAAACAAUGAGAGGGAUCAAAGACAAUCUGGGGAUGGCAAUGGUGAGCAGCUUGGAGAUAUAAAUUUAUCAAACGAAGACCAGAACAGUGAGCAGGAUGAAAGCCAGUCUAGGGAUAGCAACGAUGAGAAGCUUGGAGGUAUAAACUUAUCAAAUGACGACCAAAACAAUGACAUUGCUACAAUUGAAUCUUGGGACUGCAAUAUCAAACAGCCUGGAGUUUCCAAUGAAGUGUGUUUGUCAGCUGAGCUCGUUCCUUGUGGGAAUGAAGAGCCAUCACCAAUGGCAGGAGCAAAUUCAGAAGUAAAGGAAAAUGGUGAGGACUUACCAUUGGCCGGAGCAAACUUAGAAGUAGGUACCAAUGAAAGUGAUUCUAAUUUCAGAAGCUUGAGUACUGACAAUAUAGUGGCUACAACGGGAAGUACUUCUAUUGUUACUCAUCAUGGGCCAGCAAGGGAAAGCAUUUCACCAGAUACCCUUAGAUCUUCCCCUAAUGAACAGUUGGAGCAACCUCAGAAAAGUUUUCGUGUAUUUGACCGGUUAAGGUCCACAGAUACGAUAGAAACCACAGAGUUUGCCACUCCCUGCUCUGAGCUCAGCAGUAGAUUUGGAGAGAUGUCUAAAUCCCCAACAACAAGUUACUAUGCCUAUGAGGGCAGUGUAUCUUCUUAUGAUGGGACGGAUGACCAAUUCCCUGAACAUCAGAUGCAUUCAUCCAGGCGUAUUGCAAACUUCAUUCUUUCUGAAGAAAGGCAAAAAAAGGACAAAUUUCUGGUGAACAGCAUGAUGGAUCAGAAGUAUCUUGUCAGUAAAGGAGUUUUUUCAUCCACUAAGAAGUAUUCAGCCAAUAAACACAACAAAAUGCAUCAAGAUGAAUUGCUGGAACCCACAACCCAUGGCCGCCCAGAAAGAAACUGGAGGAGACACGAGAGAGAAAAUUAUCCAUCUAGGGUGCCUUUCUAUGGAAUGGGUUCCCUUGCUGGCUACGAAGAUGGCGGCCCUUCAAAUCAAGUGCAUAAUCAGUUCCACCACAAUACAAGCUUUCAAUCAUCCGACAGGUCUGAUUACCUUGAACAGGACAAGACGAAAUUGCUGCAAAUGGUUUCUGAAUUGCAGGAUGAAAUUAACAAAAGAUGCUAUCUAAAUGGAAGGGUUUCCACUUGGGAGGAAAAGCAUAUUCCAGCUUACUAUGAUCAUGAGGCACCUGAGAGGGCAUUUCGUAAUGACUUAAUUCAUCCUAGGUUUCCUGGAAGAGGCAGGCCGGGAAGCAGCCGGCUCCAGCAUGGCAAUUUCUCGCACAUACCUUUCUCAGGGGAGGCAACAAGCAGUAGACAUGAAGCUCAUCACUCUUGUCUCCAUUGCUAUCCCCAGGACUGGCAGUGCUCAGCACAGUUGCCUCCUCCCUCCACCCUUUUCCAUAAUAAUCGGUUAUGUAGGCCCCAUACCGGUAACAGUUUUUACAAUUCUUCCUACAGCUCCUUGCCUUCAAGUCCCCAACGGUAUUUGAACUCCGACUUCCCUAUACGCACACGUGAAACAAAGUCUGAAGAGCAGAGGCAUAAAGAUCAUGAGGCGAAGAAAUACCAUUUGGCUAAGCGACAUUUCCGACCCAUAGCAGGUGGAGCCCCUUUCAUAACUUGCUAUAAUUGCUCCAGCCCACUGCAGUUACCUGCAGAUUUUCUUCUCUUUAGAAAGAGAUUUCAUCGGCUAAGGUGCGGUGCUUGUUCAGAGCUGCUCAAGUUUUCCCUUCAAAACAGAACCCAUUUAGUACCAUUUGCACCGAAUGCCAUGGACCCUCCUCCAAGUGAGGCCGAUGACUAUAGUGAUGCCAUUAAUAGGAGGUUGGUCUCAGCAUCUCACGUCAUUGCUUCUUCAAAUGUGGAUCCUGUGUCAUGUUCUGAUGAUUACGGGCUCUCUUACUGUAAAAGCUGCUCCACUGAUGGAGAUCCUCUUCCCUCCACGUCCUUUCAUGCCCUCCAAGGCAAUGUAGAUGAAAGAAAUAUGUUGUCUGAUCCUUUCAAGCCUGUGGGUGUGAGACAGGAAUCUGUUUUGAAGCAGUCCCAUAACAAACAUAAGAAUUUCGUGGAAAGGUAUGAGUUAGCUGGACCUUCCUCCAACACGUCCAUAGCAGAGAUACCAUCCUCCUCAGAAAUUGAGGCCAGAUCAAGCUCCCCACUUCAUCGGCUCAUGGGUUAUUCUUCACCGAGCCAGGUCAUAAAUGGGUCUGGGCCUUCUGUCACAGGAGGAAGGUCAAGGAGAUGAGGGAUGUUGUGACAGUUGUGGGGAAUACGCUAAAAAUGGAAACAGUGUACCCAUUUUCUUGAAGGGUGAAGCAUGCAUUGAGGAGUCUGAGAAACCAACACCGUUGAUUUGUUUUCUCACUGGGUUACUUGGUGCCAUGUGGAAUAAGAUUCAUAGAUUCAUCUCUUUGCUCUGAAGUAUAUAGAAAUAGAAACCAAAGGUUUUGAUUGUUGUAUAUGUAGAUGGUCACCCAGAUUUCUAUUUAAAUUUGUUUAUUUGUGUAUAUUAUAGUUUGGCAUCUGUAAUGAAUAUUCAAACUUCACAUCUC